CUUGAACUCAUACGUUUUGCUGUACACACCUCUGAAAGUCCAUGUUGCAACAUUGAUUCAGGUUUUGGGCUUCCAAUGCCAGGUUUGAAUCACAGACUUUUUGCAAAAUGAUUAAAACCAGAGUUCAGAUGCUUUUUAUUCUCAUUCCAUGCAAUCCAUUACAUGAAAAGACUUGAGAAAAUAUAACGAAUGGAGAAGUGAAAUUACAUUAAAGUGAAACAAGCUAGGUGAUAUUAAAAACACUAGAGGAAAAAACUGGAAACCCAUUUUGUGUGAGAUAAGUAGUGCCUUUUCUUAUAUUCAAAAGCUCAUAGACACCAGGGCAAAAUGUGGCGCAAAUCAAAUGCAAUGUUCUUUAUGACAAUUAUUUUUACCAUUGUCAGUAAAGCACCUGUUUCAUCCUUGUCAACAAAUCAACAAACAACCACAGAGAAGCAAGACUGGAUCUUUCCUUGUGGAAAAUCAAAAAUUCCAUGUGACAAAAUAAACAACUUUUGUGAGGAAAGAAUGGACAAAUGUAUUCCAUGUUUGGAAUAUUGCUCCGAGGCUAGAAUCAAAGGACAUGAAAAUUAUCAAACACAGUGUCGUGAAAACUGCCCCGUUUUUAUGAGAGACAAAGAAAAUAAAAGAACGAGAAAGUUGAACAAUCCAACUGGAUCAUCUCUAGAAGCAAAAGCUUCUACUGGAGAUCCUCUCACCAUCACUGCUAAAACUGAAAGUGACGUAGAACACAAAGAACAACAGAACGACUUGAAAAUUCCUCUCAGUAUAAUUGUAUCUAUACUUGGUUUGGCUAUUAUUGGGAUCGGGAUUGUGAUCUGGAAACAUCACAAGACAAAAAGACCUAAGCAAUGUGAAAACAAUGUAGAAACAGGGGCACGAGAUCCCCUUAUGACAGACAAAAACAAGCUUAUACGAACAGCAGGUUCUUCUGUUCCAAGCCAGACAUGCGGAUGUUUCUCGGAGUGUCAGCACAAAUGUGGAAACUCUGACAUAGCAAAUCAAAAUGACUUUGAAGCAGAGACAGAGUUGAAAGCAGAGAAUAAUGAUUUGGUUAUCGGCAACCAAUCAUGUUGAAUAAAUUCAAAAUAAAACAUAUAUGGACAUGGCCACAUAUUUCAUAGUUAGGUUUGGUUUGGUCAUUGGUUUGUUUCCAAGAAAAACACAAAUACUAUUUCUCAGAACUAUAUAGUCUAUUGUACAUAUAUAAAUAUUAUAUUAAUUCAUAUUUAAAUUAAACAUACUGUAAUUAUUAAGUACCAAAUUAAUUUCAACAGUUUGAUUUACAUCAUAGACAUCCCAUUUUAAAAUCAUUUGGAUGAUUCAGUUCUCUUUCCAUUUGAAAAUGGGAUUUUUGUGCCAGUAAAAAUAGGAACCAACUUACGUAAUAAUAUCAUCAAGAAAAUAUUUCAUAUUGCUGUAAAUAUAUUUCUAAAAAUGUUGCAUGAAUUGCUUAGUUGGAUAAUUCAUUGGAUGUUAAGCUUUCAUGUAUGUCAAGUACAUAUAGCUUAUAUUUCAUGUGAGUUCAUGAUGACAAUGCAAUGAUCAACACCUUUGUACGAUGUAAUAUAAAACUGCAGUACAUUUAUAUUCGUGAUUGAUAAACAAGUUUAUGUGUUUGAAAGACUUGAAUAUACAGUAAAGUAACUUCAUGACAUGUAUUAUGUACUUUAACUGGCCAACGUUUAGUUUGUGUUGCAUUUACACUUAUAACGUUAUUUUU